AUGAUGUUUUGCAGACGGAUAUUUGGAGUUUCCAUCAGAAAUUUCUCUGCGAGCUCUUUCACAAGGCAGGAGGCCGUGUCGAAAUUCCCAGUGAGAACGAUUCCAAAGCUCUCUACCUUUUAUAGUGCUAAUCCGCAUCACGAAUAUCGCAUUGACAGACUGGAAUCUUUAUUGCGCAGGUAUGUUAAGCUGCCAGUAGUUCCGUUAUCACAAGUGCAAGCAGAUAGACCCUCAUGGAUAUCAAUGGACGACUAUGCCUUGAUAGGUGGUGGUACACGUUUGAAACCGAUCCAGUAUCGUCAGCUCAUUUCGCUAUUAAAUAAGCUGCAUUCUGUGGACCCACAAUUGACUAAUGACGAGAUCAAAUCAGAACUCUCACCAUACUACAAAAAGACAAAAAUCCAAGCUGUUCAGACUCAAGUAAAAACGCUAGAUGAAUAUGGCAGAAGCGUUGCGAUAGGAAGGAGGAAGUCAUCUGUGGCUAAAGUUUUCUUGACCAGAGGCCAGGGUGAAAUACUGGUCAAUGGACGCCAACUCAACGAUUAUUUUGUUAAAUUGAAGGAUAGAAGAUCGAUAAUGUACCCCUUGGAUGUUGUCAAUUCUGUCACGAAGUAUAAUAUAUUCGCAGCGACUUCAGGUGGUGGUCCAACAGGUCAGGCAGAGGCUAUUAUGAAUGCAGUAGCCAAAGCAUUGGUUAUCUUCAAUCCCCUAUUGAAGCCAAGAUUGCACAAAGCUACAGUGUUGACACGAGACUACAGACAUGUCGAAAGAAAGAAGCCUGGUAGAAAGAAGGCAAGAAAAAUGCCAACCUGGGUAAAGAGAUAG